AUGUCCAAGGUCGGCGGCCUUGAGAUCACGGAAGAGAUCCAGAUUAGUUCUCGGGUUGACCUCAAUCACACGUUGAACAACCUCAUAGAGCCCAUGCAGACGCCGUGUUUUCGAGCUGCGGAAAAGGCGAUGCCGGCUUGCCCAGACUGGACCUCAGUCGUCUUAUACCCCAAGAUACUAGAGCUCUUUUCCCAUAUGCACUAUCCCGCGCUCUAUUGGACAGCAUACUAUCUGGACCCAGAAGCAGGUCUUGUGAAUGGAGCGCGCCGCGAGGCAGCUGAGCUUGCACGUCCGGUACUGGAGGCUCAGCAAAGUGCCUACGCGGCCGAUGGCGCAAGGGCAGAAAAUCAUGACGACUUCAUUCAAUGGAUCAUGGAUAACUAUCGCGCGAAUGGGAAGACUAUUACGCGAGAUGAAAUUGUAUAA